AAACACCAAGAAGAAGAGGAAGACUGGGCGGAAGUAGUUGCUGAGCGAAAUUGUGUAGUCACUGUGUUUCACCGGUCUCAAAGCUUUUUUGUGAAUUAAAUAAUUCCGCACUUUGCUUGGUUUCUUCAUUACCGUCAACAUGUCUAUAAUGUCAUAUAACGGAGGGGCUGUCAUGGCCAUGCGUGGGAAGGAGUGUGUUGCUAUUGCAUCUGAUCGGCGGUUUGGUAUCCAGGCCCAGAUGGUCACCACAGACUUUCAAAAAAUCUUCCCCAUGGGUGACAGACUCUAUAUUGGCUUGGCGGGACUGGCCACAGAUGUGCAGACAGUAUCUCAGCGGCUCAAAUUUCGUCUCAACCUGUACGAGCUGAAAGAGGGUCGUCAGAUCAAGCCCAAGACCUUCAUGAGCAUGGUGUCCAACCUGCUGUACGAGAGGAGGUUUGGGCCGUACUACAUUGAACCUGUGAUUGCUGGUCUGGACCCGAAAACCUUUGAGCCUUUCAUCUGUUCUUUGGACCUGAUCGGCUGCCCCAUGAUAACAGAAGAUUUUGUGGUCAGCGGCACUUGUUCUGAGCAGAUGUACGGCAUGUGUGAGUCAUUAUGGGAGCCUGACAUGGGGCCAGAGGAUCUAUUUGAGACUAUUUCACAAGCAAUGCUUAAUGCAGUCGAUAGAGAUGCUGUUUCUGGAAUGGGCGUCAUAGUGCAUGUCAUUGAGAAAGAUAAGAUAACUACACGCACCCUGAAGGCCCGAAUGGACUAACAAUGCAGAUGCCACUGUGUUCCAUUUUUUUGAAAAUUCUUAUUUCUAUGUAAUAGAAAAACAACAUUUUGGACACAUUUUUCCUUUCAGUUUUGUUAUUCAAUAAAUUGUGCUAGUGUUUGA